AUGGAUUUGCGCAACAUCAUGAACAACGAUGCCAGCAAUGCUGCGAAACCUCAACCUCCGUCACUACAACAAUCUCCACUGCGACAGAACUCAGAGCCCAUCUUCGCUCCGCGACCAAACGAAGUUUCAACGCCCGGUCCAUCCUAUCAAUCGAAUCAUUUCGCGCGCCCGCAACCUCCCUCGAUACAGCCACAACACUCUCCCAGCGUAUCCUCAGCAUACAGUUCAACCCAAUCCCCAUUUCAAUAUAACUCGAGUAUACCAGCAAAUGGAGGACCUCCUCCUCACUAUUCACAGAGUCCUCCGCCGCAACCAUACCAGACCCGAGAUUCUGGCCCGGUCACUCCGGCUAGCCCUGCAGUCUUCACACAGCCAUCUUUAGCUUCCCCGUAUACACCACGGACGAACUCGGCAUCUCAACAACAGCAAAAGCAGCAACAGUCUUACUUCAAUCAAUAUCCUGCUCCUCCGCCAGCUCAUUCUGCUUCCGGCCCUCAGUCUAACUUUACUUAUCCGCCUCACGCCAGUGAAAGUCCUCGUCCGGUAAAUACUCAACGACCACCUCAACACCAGCAGAUAUCUCCUCCACCACCACAGCGUUCCCAGCCUAGUACGCCACUAGGUCCGCCUGCUGGUCCGUACCAACGUCCCCCGUCUCAACCUGCGCGGCCUCCGUCUGCGGGAGAAGGUACGCCAGUUCAAGCAACGAAUACGUGGAGCCCUCACGAUUCACAUGCACCUGAACAAAGAACGGGCUAUCCACAAAGCUAUCCAGCUGCUCAUCCACCGCCCAGGGAUUUGAGACAGGCAGAAAGGCCCAGUCAAAGCCAAUACCUCCCAGAAUCCGACAGAGAAAGGAGCAUUAGCAUUAGUCCCAAAACCAUCGUCUCACGACAGAGUCUAUCUCAGGACCGAGACCCCAUUGCGCCUCAUCGUACCAGUAUAGAUGACGAUCGCUGGCGUCAGAGUCCUUCUGGCAGUCACUCCCACAGCAGCUCUGUUGCAGAACACAAGUACUCAUCACACCCGCCCCAGCAAGACUACGCUCAACGCCCUCAAGCGAUGCAAAUGAGCAGCUCCCCAAUGGCGAGACACACACCAUCUCGUGAGCCUUCGGCAGUACAAAUUCAACCCAUCAAGACCGAGAUUCCAGAACCAUCGGAGAUCUCAGGACGACCGCCCAAACGGAAGAAGAUGAGAUACACCGAGCCUCCAAUCUAUGCUCGAAGAGUCCCAAGAGGUGGAAAAGGUCCAAUCAUUCCAAAUCCAAGGCCAGCCAUUCCAAAACACUCACCUGUCCGAUUCGCCGUCCCUUCGCGCGCGACAUCCGUGCAACGAUCUGUGGCGUCGCCGUCUAGAUCAAUUCAAACCCCUGCGAGACCGCCACCUAUCAAUGGUACUACUCCUGUUAGCAGCCGCCCUGUUCCUCUGCCACAGCCACAACCCUCAUACGGACUGUUGGGACCUUGGGAACCAUCAAUUUCUGGAAAGAUCCCAUACGAAGAAAUCACAAAGACCGUCUGUGACUUUCUCUUCAAAGAGGUCGUCUGUAGGCCGGAUCUUGCUGCGGGAGCCGCUGGAGCUGCUGCAACAGGGUCGGGGGCAAUGCUGGAAAUCGAGGCCAAGUUAGGACGAAUAAUGGAUAAGGAUCGGCAGGGACGUCUACGUCUACCAGUUAUGAGUGAAUGCAUCCUCCAAACCGAAAACUCGGGAUACCGGACUGCCUUUGAAAGUUCUAUGAGCUUGGCGCAACAUCAGGCCAUGAAUAAUUUCUUAAACGAAGCUGUAAAGGCUUCAAUGCCCCAAGCUGGGCUCAAUCGGAUUCCUCUGUCGUAUGCACACAAGAGAGAGCGCGAUACAUUUUAUGAAGUACCACCUUCAGAGCUACCUCCGCUCAUACAGAAUUACCUGAAUCCACGACACAAACCUAAAGUGCGAGUAACCACCGAUCAGAAAACCGGCGAAAUCCUGGCAAAGAUUAUCAAAUGCCGGCUAGCAGAUUUAGAUGUGUAUAGUCCUCGCACGAACGUUGACUGGCGCAUUUCCGUCAAUCUCGAAAUGAACUAUGACCGAGACGUACACAAUUUUCCGAUUGCAGGCGGUGGUUCUCAAAAGCCAGGUGGCGAAAGAAUCAAAGAUCGCAUGAGUUAUCGCCAUUUGGCCUACCAGAUUGAUCUUACCCAAGUGGGUACAGCAGAUAGUGCUAUCAAGAAGGACUUCGAGCACGAGCUUGAGGUUGAGAUUUCUGCGGCGGAGGUACGACGACAAGGGGAGCUUGCCAGAGAAGGGAACGAGAGAAACCAAUACGAAGAACUCAUCAAAGGCUUUGUCGAUAACGUCCGCUUCCUCGCUCGAGCUGUGCCUAAUGCAUGA